AUGAACGCUGCCGUCGCUCUCCGCGCCAGAAUGGCCACCUCCGCCGUUGCUCGCCGUGGUUUCUCCACCACUCGCGCCCAGUUCGGUAGCCCUUACCACUACCCUGAGGGCCCUCGCUCGAACAUCCCUUUCAACCCUUUGACCCGCUUCUUCUUCUUGAGAUACUGGGCCUUCAUGAGUCGGUUAUCCCCGUCAAUCGGAGUUGGAGAUCUGCGUGGACUGAUAUUUGGAUUGUUAUAG